GCACCUGGGGCCCUCUCAGAAGGAGCUGUACCGCCAAGUGAUGCUGGAGAACUAUGGGAACCUGGUGUGCCUGGGACUUGCCCUUUCCAAGCCUGACAUGAUCGAGCAGCUGGAGCGAAGGGAAGCCCCUUGGAGGCCAGAGGCAGCUGUCUCAGGAAGCAGCCGCGCAGGUGAGUGGGGCGCCCCCGGGCAGCGGGAGAUCCCCGGAGCCGUCCUUCCCACACCUGGCCGGGCCCCUCUCCUGCAGCUCCCUGGCCUGUGGGGUCUCCCCCCCACCCAGAGCCUGGGGCUUCCCAGGAGCACGCGGGGUGCCAAGGAUCUUUGUUCCCGGGGUGGCCUGCGAUCAUGGAUCUUUUCAGCUUCCUGUUCCAAGAGCUGCCCGUUCCCAGCCAUUUUAACAUGAAGAUUUGCGGGCUCUUCUCAGCUGUAGAAGCAUGCUCUGAAUCACUCAUAGAAAGCCAGAUUAAGACGACUGGCGGUUCGUCUGUUACCGAGAGUGUUUGCAAAGAUCCCAGAGAGAGACGUAGGCACUUUUGUGGGGACUCGGGGGAGACCAGUCAGUCAGGCCUCGUCUGCAGCUGAGAACUAGUCCUUCCAUCCUCAUCGGCAGACACUUGACGCCUACUAGCUGUGUGGCCCUGGGCAAGUCACUUAACCCCAACUGCAUCACCAAGAGGGAAAAAACAACAUCUGGAAUCCCAUGAGAAGGUUCCUCCAGGGCGCAUAACCUUUGCACCAGGAGUUGUCCAGCCGAUGGAUCCCGGAGUGAGAUCAGCCAUGCAGGGAGAGGUCCCAUGUCCACCAGAGUGUCA